GCCUUUUGUCCCGUCAUCUCCCCUUCCAUUUCUCCUUCAUCCCCCUGUUUUCUGAGAGGACAUGAUGCGGUAAUAUGCAUUGGCAUGUCACGCAAGUAGGCCGUCGACUCGCAUUCCAAUCUCCACUCUCCGCCUCCUUCUCUUCCUGCGCCGCACGAUCGGCUUCGCUCACACAGUCUGCGCGGCUGUUACGGCUUCACGACCAUACCCUCAGCCCCUUCUCAUCGAGAGCGGCUGGCACAUAUCGAAAUGUUGAAGCCCAGGAUAUAACCGCACUGCAUGUGCGUCGCACGGCUCCAACGGUCACCCAAGUCGGCCUGUGGAGCGGAUUACGAUCAACGAGCGCUACACCUCGCAUUUCGCAGAGCGUCUACCGACUACAGCGCUCACACGGGAGCUUUCAGAAGAGGUGGUUCAGCGAUACAGAGGUGUGGAGGACUCAAAAGGCCGCCGAGACGGCUGCCAGGUCAAAGGAUCAGGGCAUCGCUUCUUCACAAGCGGCCAAAGUUGCUCAAGAACCCGCCUCCAGCGCACACGCCGGUAGCAAGGGUCUUCUUGACCGCCUACCGCACUUGCACCGACCGACAAAGUACGAGCUCCUAGCAACGGCCGAGACGUUCUGGCAAAGGGUCAGAGUGCACUUCAAGUGGUUCUCCAUCCGCAGCUUACGCCCCUUCACCGUGGAUGAAAUCGGCGCCUUCAUAUCCUGGGUAUUCCUGGGACACCUCGUGUGGAUUGUCAUUGGAACGACAACCUUUGUGUCCCUCGGAAUCUGGGCUCUCAACACGGUCUUUGCUCAAGAAACACUGGCGGGAUGGGUCGGCAACUACCUUACCAAGUCUUAUGGUUUGAAAGUUGUCUUCGAAAGCGCCAUCGUGCCCACGUGGCGAAGCGGUGUCAUCACGUUCAACCACGUCUUUGUGUCGCGCCGACCGGGUCAGCAAUCGAAGAAAGAACGUGCAGUGAGCAAAGGUUCUCCUACCACCGCUGCUGCUGCUGCCGAAGCCGCCAUGGCUGGACGUGGAGCACACGAAAGCAGUGAUGCUACAGAUGACGGCAAUUACACGCAAUUCGACGUGACUAUGGAGACGGUCAACGUCACUCUGUCCUUUGGCAAAUGGUUCAACGGCAAGGGUCUCCUCCGAGAUGUAGAAAUCGUGGGCGUGCGCGGCGUUCUCGAUCGCACCUCGGUACAGCCAAGAGACUACUCUAUUGAUCCCAAGUCCUAUCGACACGAGCACGCUACCGGAGAUUUUGAGAUUGAGAACUUUCGCAUGGCUGAUGUGCUCCUGACCGUGCAUCAACCCGACAACUUUCGUCCCUUCACCGUGAGCGUGUUCAACUGCGACCUGCCACGGCUGAGAAAGCAGUGGCUCUUUUACGAUCUAAUGAAUGCAAACAACAUGAGCGGAAGUUUUGACGACUCGCUUUUCACGGUACAUCCCCGACAGCUGCACGGCACAACCGGCGCGCCGCUCGUCAACGGGGUCGAGGAAGGAGGAGAGCAGCAAUGGAAGAAGCAUAGUCGGCUCAGAAUCGACGGGUUGAACAUCGACCACCUCAACCGCGGAGUGGAGGGCACAUUCUCCUGGAUUAGAGAAGGCAACGUGGACAUCGUGGCGGACGUCAUGAUUCCCAACGACGACGAUAACAUCUGGGCUCAAUCCUGGCGCAAGUCCACAGAGGCCAUGUCCGACCUCUACGACCGCGUGGAAGCCAGCGUAUCCUCCGUCCAGCAGCCCAAAACGCACCCAUCAGAGGCGCAGAGCACGGCGCAGACACCCGCCGAACAGAGCGAAGCCCACCGACGCCUCGUCAUCUUCGACAUCAAAGUCCACCUCAACGACGUGCGCGCCUCGGUGCCCCUCUUCACAAAAGACCUGAGCUACGUGAACAACGCGCUCGUCCGGCCCAUCGUGGCCUACAUCAACAGCCGGCCGCACGCCUUCAUCCCCGUCAACUGCCGCGUGGUGAAGCGGCAGAGCGAGUUCGACGGCAGCUGGACGAUUUUCGACUCUGGGCUGCUGGAUGAUCUCAGCAAGGAGACGUACGAGGCUUUCGCCAGGGAUAUUGAGGAUGUGGGUGCGAGGAAGAGGAGGAUGCGCAAGGUCGGCUUGUGGAGUCUGCAGCUGGCUGCGCAGGCGUUAUUUAUUGGGCUCGCUGGGCAAUUGGCGUAAGGACUGAUGGUCGCAGGCAGCACAUGUGGUUCAUGACUGUAUUAGGGUAGCGCGGCGUUAUCGUUUCAUGGCGCAUUGGGGCUUAUUGAAAGUGGAAGAAG